AUUCACGUACACUUGGUCUCUCGGAGUGUUGGACGGCCAGUCCGAGAGACAUGAUGUGGGGCCUGGGGUAAGUGACAUAACUUGGCGCGAAUUUGUUGAUCAUCAACGCCAUCAUGAAUACCGCUGAAUCAUGUCCCUGCAGCAUCAACACCAUCAUUUGUCAUAGCGAUGCCUCCCAGAGUCCCUCGUAGCCCCUUUUUGCCCUUGGGCAGGACCUGCUCGGCUCGCCAUCCUCAGCAGCAGCAGCAGCAGCAUCGAUUCUUCACAGCGUCCCCUCGCGUCCGCAAAGACGACGAUGAGAAGUCCCGGCUGACGCACGUCAACCCGUCCGGCGCCGCACACAUGGUCUCCAUCUCGUCAAAGCAGCCGACCAGCCGGACGGCCGUGGCAGCGUGUGCCGUGCACUUCUCCAAGCCCACCGUGCUGCCCCUCAUCGGCGCCAACAGCCUCACAAAGGGCGACGUGCUCUCCGUGGCACGCAUCGCCGGCAUCAUGGCCGCCAAGCGCACGCCGGAUCUCAUCCCGCUCUGUCAUCCCAUCCCCAUCUCGCACGUCUCCGUCGAUCUGGAUCUACGGCCUGGCGAGGAGGGGACUGAGAAAAAGGACAGGGUGGAGAUCCGGGCGACGGUGUCCUGCGAUGGCAAGACAGGCGUCGAGAUGGAGGCGCUGACGGCCGCGAGCACGGCGGCCUUGACUGUGUACGAUAUGUGCAAGGCGGUGGACAAGGGGAUGCGCGUGGAGGGACUGAGGGUCGUCCUCAAGGAAGGGGGGAAGAGCGGACGAUGGGAGAUGGAAUGAUGAGGCGGCUGUUGGUUAGUAUGUAUAUACGACGCCCACUGAUAAUCUACGACGUCGGGUGACUUAGAUGCUUGCGGUGCCUAGAUUGAAUGCAAAGCUGGUUAAGUCUGCGCGCCUCCAGUCUGAUCUCCAACACGUUACAUAUCUCUCGUCGUUGGAGAGAGAAAAUCCUUGCCCAGGCUUCUCGAGUCCUUCUGCAUCGACGAUGCGAACCCAUGAGGACAUGACGCCAGACACCAUCAACUUGAAGGGAAAAUCUGUCCUGUCCACAACGAGGAUGAAGAUCACCGUUCUCAUCAAAUUGAGAUGUGAGUGGGUGAAAGGCCAGCUGCAGGAGUGUCGACGCGACGGCCAAUUGCCGAGCCUAGAAUGUCAG